GAGAGAGAGGGUGAGUGAGGAAGGCGGGAGAGAGUUGUGGGCAGUGGGCAUAACAUCAUGGAGGCAAAGAGCGGGAGGAGCAGACCUCGAGCUGUGUUCAUGGCGUUUGGGACCAAAGGCGACGUUUAUCCUAUCGCUGCCAUCGCUGCAGCUUUUGCAAUUGAUCAACAACAAUACAAUGUCGUGCUAAUCACUCAUUCUGCUCACAAGAAUUUAAGUGCAGAGUUGGCAACAAAAAAUGUUUCCUAUUUCCCAAUUUCGACUCCAUCUGUUCUUUCUGCUAGUCAGGAAAAUUCCUCUGGCUCUGUGGAUUUCCCAUUUUCUCUGCAAAAAAAAUUAAUUACAGUAAAGCAUAGACAAGAAUGCUUGUCUGCAAUGGAAAGGAUCUUUGAUGAUGGACCAAACAUGGAGAAUGAUUUUAUUGCGAUAAAUUUCUUUGCACUGGAAGGAUGGAAUCUUGCAGAACUGUUUCGGGUUCGCUGUGUUAUUGCAGCACCUUAUGUUGUACCUUACAGUGCACCUUCAUCAUUUGAAUGCCAAUUCAGAAAUGAGUUUCCCCUAUUGUAUAAAUAUCUCCAAGAAGUUCCUACUGGCAAGGUGUGCUGGAAAGAUGUGAUACAUUGGAUGUGGCCACUUUUCACAGAAGAAUGGGGCUCAUGGAGAAGUGCUGCUUUGAAUCUAAGCCCUUGUCCCUUCACGGAUCCUGUAACAGAUCUUCCCAUGUGGCAUGACUGGCCUCAAUCCCCUCUGCUGCUGUAUGGAUUUAGCAGAGAAGUUGUGGAAUGCCCAGGUUAUUGGCCAUCAAACAUCCGAGUGUGUGGCUUUUGGUUUCUUCCCACUGAAUGGCAAUUUUCGUGUAACAACUGCAAAGAAAUUUCAGCUCUAUUGUCUUCAGGGCAUCUUAGAACAAAGAAUGAAAUGUGUCCACAGCAUGCUGAUUUGGAAUAUUUUCUGAAGACUCCUGCCUCGGUUUUACCUAUAUUUUUAGGGUUAAGUUCUAUUGGGAGCAUGGGUUUUCUAACAAAUCCUCGAGCAUUUCUUCGAGUAAUUGAAGUAGUUUUAGGGAUCACAAGUUAUAGAUUCAUCCUUUUCACAGCUGGCUAUGAACCUUUGGAUGCUGCCGCCCAAGAGAUAGCUGCUGAGAUGGGAUCAUUCUCCAAUCAAGGGCCUGACAGUAAGGAUGGAAUACUCCUUUUCAGUGGUCGUCUCUUCUGCUUUUCUGGUGCUAUACCAUACAACUGGCUGUUUCCAAGAUGUGCGUUAGCAAUUCAUCAUGGGGGUAGUGGAUCGACUGCAGAAGCACUACGUGCAGGAAUUCCACAGGUACUGUGCCCAUUCAUGCUGGAUCAAUUCUAUUGGGCAGAGAGGAUGUUCUGGAUUGGAGUUGCACCAGAACCAUUGCAAAAGAGAUACUUGCUUCCAGAUGAUGAUGAUCUGGUGAGCAUUAGGCAAGCUGCAAAUGGGCUAUCAAAUGCUAUAAAUUCUGCUUUAUCUCCGAAAAUAAAAGAAUUUGCAUCAGAGAUUGCUCAAAGAAUUUCAUCGGAGGAUGGAGUCGGCAAAGCUGUGAGGUUCUUGAAGGAAGAGGUGAUCUCUCUUAGUAGAAGUGAAGAUUGAAAUUCUCUAUCUUUGCAAUUAUUGUUUCUUGGCCAAUUCAAAAUGGCAUUGUCACUGUGUCAGCUACUAGUUUGGUGCCAGAUGCCCAUC